AUGGUUUCUGAAAAGACUUUUUCCAGCUUUAAGUUGGCCAGUGAAUUGCCUUCAUGGGGUAAACUACAAAGUUUGUACAAUGACAAGGGUAAGAGGUUGUCCGUGAAGGAGGAGUUUUCGUCUGACCCUGCACGGUUUGAGAAAUUAUCCAAGACUUUUGUUAACUAUGAUGGUUCUAAAAUUUUGUUUGAUUUCUCCAAGAACUUAGUUGACGAUGAGAUUUUGUCUGCAUUGAUUGCAUUGGCUAAAGAGGCUAAAGUAACAGAGUUGAGAGACUCCAUGUUUGCUGGGGAGCAUAUUAACUUUACCGAGGACCGUGCUGUGUACCAUGUUGCGUUGAGAAACAGGGCCAACAAGGAGAUGUUUGUGGAUGGCACCAAUGUUGCUCCAGGGGUCGAUUCUGUUUUGCAGCAUAUGAAAGAAUUCUCUGAACAAGUACGCUCCGGAGAAUGGAAAGGUUUCACUGGUAAGGCAAUCACUGACGUCGUUAACAUUGGAAUUGGUGGUUCUGACUUAGGUCCUGUUAUGGUUACUGAGGCUUUAAAGCACUACGCGGGGCCCUUAAAGGUACACUUUGUUUCUAACAUUGAUGGUACUCACUUGGCUGAAGCUUUGAAGGUCGUUGAUCCAGAGACUACCUUGUUUCUAAUCGCUUCCAAGACUUUUACCACUGCGGAGACUAUCACUAAUGCCAAUUCCGCAAAAAGCUGGUUUUUGUCCAAGACUGGUAACAAUCCGGCUUAUAUUGCCAAACACUUUGCUGCGUUGUCUACGAACGAAGCUGAAGUUGCUAAAUUUGGCAUUGACACUAAGAAUAUGUUUGGAUUUGAAGGCUGGGUCGGUGGUCGUUACUCAGUUUGGUCUGCCAUUGGUUUGUCAGUAGCCUUGUAUAUUGGAUUUGAUAACUUUGACGCAUUCUUGAAGGGUGCGGAAGCUGUAGACAAACAUUUCACUGAGACGCCACUAGAGGAUAACAUCCCAUUGUUGGGAGGGUUGCUAUCUGUGUGGUACAACAAUUUCCACAAUGCUCAAACCCAUCUAGUCGCUCCAUUUGACCAAUAUCUCCAUAGAUUUCCAGCCUACUUGCAGCAGUUAUCCAUGGAAUCCAAUGGUAAAACUGCAACCAGAGGAAACGUAUUUGCUGAUUACUCUACAGGCUCUAUCUUGUUUGGUGAACCAGCUACGAAUGCUCAACAUUCGUUUUUCCAAUUAGUUCACCAGGGAACUAAACUAAUUCCUGCUGACUUUAUUCUAGCUGCGCAAUCCCAUAAUCCAAUUGAAGGUAAGUUACACCAAAAAAUGUUGGCUUCUAACUUCUUUGCUCAAGCGGAAGCUUUGAUGGUUGGAAAAAACGAGGGUGAAGUCAAGGCUGAAGGUACUACCGGUGGUUUGAUUCCACAUAAGAUAUUCUCGGGCAAUAGACCAACAACCUCGAUUUUAGCCCAAAAAAUAACACCAGCGGCGUUGGGUGCCUUAAUUGCUUAUUAUGAAUAUGUCACCUUCACUGAGGGUGCUAUCUGGAAUAUCAAUUCCUUUGACCAAUGGGGGGUUGAAUUGGGUAAGGUCUUGGCAAAGGUCAUUGGCAAGGAGUUGGAUACAGCUGAAACAGUUUCCAGCCAUGAUUCUUCAACCAACGGCCUAAUCAGUCAGUUCAAACAAUGGAUGUAG